UCACCCUUGCUUUCAUCAUUUAAACCAAAUCAAAGAUGGCUACCAAUUACCAGUCUUCCAAGGAAACCACAAAUUUUGCACGAAUUUGCAGGGUGGUCUUUAAGGUCAUCCCAGAAUUAUUGCGAGAUUUGCUCAACACUCGGUUGCCAGCAUCAGGACUACCUGCAGUACUUACCACCCAGAAAAGGAAGAUCUUUUCUGUGUUGAAGCAACAUCAAAAGAACAUUCUGUAUCCUCAAGGUGGGGUGUAUCAAGGUUUUGUGAAGGAUUUGGACACAUCACUUCUUUACAUCCUUCUAAGAAACAUUGGAAAUAUUCCACCUCAUCAGAAUGGUUGGGGGAAGGUACCGGGUAUAGCAGACAGAUCGCUGUCAGCCAACAUCGACCGUCUACGUGAGCAGCGCAAUGAGGCUGCACAUGCACCCAAUGGCUCCCUUUCUGACGGAGAGUUUCAGGCAAGGUGGGACAUCAUCCGCCAAAGUGUGGAGGAAAUACAAAACAGUGAGCUGAAUACAGGGCGUUUUGUAGUGGCAGUGGAUGAUAUACUUACCAUGGAGAUGGACCACAGAAUGACAAAUAAAUACAUCGAGGAUUUUCUAUUGGAUAUAAAAGGUGAUAUGGCUGGUAUGUCUGUCAAACUGGACACGAUGGAAACAGAUAUGGCUGACCUACAAGGCAAUGUUGGUGCCGUGCUGGAUGAUGUCAGUGAUAUCAGGGAUGAUGUCGGGGCUGUUAGGGAUGAUGUCGUAGCUGUGCGGGAUGAUGUCAGUGCUGUGAGGGAUGAUGUCGGGGCUGUCAGGGAUGAUGUUGGUGCUGUGAAAGAACACCUUACCGUUAUAUCAGCAGACAGGGGAAACAAACCAAGACGAGCAGCUAUUGAAACAACAAAGUCAACAGUCAGAGGUCAAACCUCAAGAUCGGAGAUCAUCUCUACACAAGCCUUGGAAGAUGCCAAGGAAGUGAUCAGAAAGAACGGCAUGGUCAUCAUCAAGGGCGCCUCCGGGGACGGAAAGACAAUGAUGUGCUACCAGCUGUUGAAGUGGCUAAUGGAUGGCGAUAAUAAGGAUACUGGACUGUCAAAAGAUCCGUUACAGCUUUACAGCAUGUCUAAAUGGGAUGACAUUGUUCAGCCAGAAGCACAGAUAGCUUUAUUUAUUGAUGAUGUCAGUGCGGAAAUUGUUGAAGAAUUGAAGAGUAGGAAAGACUCUAUACAGUCAGCAUUUUGUGGCAAACUAAAAAGAAGAUCAAAUUGUUUGAUCUUAAAUGUUCGAGAUGAAAUUUUCAAAAGCACACAAAUGUCCUCAUGUGAACUAUUUAAUGACGAUAACGCCAUUGAUUUGAGAGGUAAAAACAUCAUGACAAGUGCAGAAAAGCUGCAGAUUUUAGAAAUGUAUGUCCCAAAAAUUAAAGACUUAUCUGGUGGUAAGGAAUCUGAAAUUGUUAAACUUGCACCGAAAAUUGGGUUUCCACAGUGCUGCAGACUGUAUAGAGAUGUUCCUAUCUUACGAAAUGAAGGGGUUGAUUUCUUCAAAAGUCCAGUUUAUUUCAUGGAAAAAACGUUAAAGAAAUUACCAAAGGAAUGCUCUGCUUCUCUUCUAUUUCUCUUCCUCAAUGAUGGUCGGGUAAAGAAAGGAGACUUAGAUCCUAACAGUGAAAAUGUUGACAAGAAAAUGCUAGAGAUAGCUUUCCAUGGCGUUGAACUAAGUCAUGAAGACAAAAUCAGAUCAUUACGUAGAAGUUUAGAUGAAAUAUUAAGAUCUCUGGUUGCAAAAACAAAAAACUGUUUUUUGUAUGAUGGUGAUGAUGUAUUAGAUGAUGAUGUUGAUGAUGAUGAUGUAUUUUACAAAUUUUGUCAUGAUUCUGUCCAGGACACUGUUGCCCUUUUGUAUGGCAAUGACACAAAAAUUGGGUUCAUAGAGAAUUGUCCAAGAAAGUUUCUACGUUAUAUAUCAACAUCAAAAACCAUUCCAAACAGAAUAGUUAUAUCAUCUAGUAAUAAACAUAUGUAUAAACGUUUAGUCAGAGAGUUUGAAUCCGACACCAACAAGUACUGUUUUUUUAGAGAAUAUAUAACUGCAUUAGAUGUAUGGACAGAUAUUCAGUUUCUGCAGGGAUUUAUCAGAUGGCUUAGAGGUCAGAAUGUUGACAAAAACUUGUGCCAUGAGAUAAAGCUUGCCUUGUUAAAUAAAGCAUGUUCUUCUGGUUCAGAAGAAUGUGCUUUAUUCCUCCUAUCGGAGGGUGUGAAACCUGACAAGAAGACACCGUUUUGUGUGGUAGAAGGAGGGAGCAAGAAAGUGUUAGAAAAGAUUGUUGAAUACUUGAAUGAUGAGAUAAAACUUUGCUUGUUAAAUAAAGCAUGUUUUUCUGGUUCAGAGGAAUGUGCUUUAUUCCUUCUAUCGGAGGGUGUGAAACCUGACAGGGAGACACCGUUUUGUGUUGUUAAGAGAGGGAGCGUGAAUGUGUUACGUAAACUACUGGAGUAUGACGUCACUCAGACAGCGAGGGUACACAGGUCACAAUCAUCAUAUUAUGCUUACAAUAUCAAUGUCCUACAUGAGGCGUGUUUGUUUGAGAGAGAAGAGAUGGUGACCAUGUUGUAUGACACUUACCCACACUUGAUACAUGACAAUGUUGACUGGAGACGAAGCACGCUCCAUCUUGUGGCACAGACAGGAAACUGUGAUAUAUUUAAAACAGUGGAGAGAAUUAUACUUAAAUCCUUGUAUAGAGUCGAGGACGAACAACAUAAGUGUGAGACAGUAGAAGGUCGUGUGGUGCACAAGAGUUGUGUGUGUGCUCAGUACAUGUGUCAGUUAGUGGAUGAUAACGGGAGUACAGUGUUACAUGUGAGUUGUAGGUGGGGACACAGGGAGGUUUGUAAAUAUCUGUGUGAUUCGUACCCAGCACUAACUACAGCUGUAGACAUGUGGGGGGAAACAGUGUUACAUGUGAGUUGUAUGGAGGGACACAUGGAGGUUUGUAAAUAUCUGUGUGAGUCGUACCGAGCACUAACUACAGCUGUAGAUAAUGACGGGUGGACAGUGUUACAUGUGAGUUGUAUGGAGGGACACAUGGAGGUUUGUAAAUAUCUGUGCGAGUCGUACCCAGCACUAACUACAGCUGUAAAUAAUGACAGGAGAACAGUGUUACAUGUGAGUUGUAGGUUUGGACACAUGGAGAUUUGUAAAUAUCUGUGUGAGUCAUACCCAGCACUAUCUACAGCUGUAGAUACUGUCGGGAGAACAGUGUUACAUGUGAGUUGUGAGUGGGGACACAUGGAGUUUUGUAAAUAUCUGUGUGAGACGUACCCAGCACUAACUACAGCUGUAAAUAAUGACGGGAGAACAGUGUUACAUGGGAGUUGUGAGAGGGGACGCAUGGAGGUUUGUAAAUAUCUGUGUGAGUCGUACCCAGCACUAACUACAGCUGUAGAUAAGUACGGCUGGCAUUGUCUACAUUACAUAGCUAGGUAUACGUCAGAUGUAGACAUGUUCACUGAGUGUGAAACUCAUGUUAAACAGUUCCUAGAAUCAACAGGAUGUAAGUAUGACAUCACAACCAUACUAACCAAUCAGGGAGAAUCUGUUUUAGACUCUGCAAAGUUCCGGGCAAAGUACCGGGGGACAGAAAACAACCCUUUGUUUGAUCAUCUUGUCCGAUUGUUAGCUCAGAUGGUCCAAAGGGCCAAGUGAGCUUAUGCCAUGGUGCUGUGUCCAUGGUUCGUCCGUCGUCCGUCGACCUUCAUCCGUCCUCCAUCGUCAACUUUUUAGCUCACCUGGCAAAGCGAGCUUAUGCCAUGGUACGGCGUCCGUCGUCCACCCGUCUGUUGUCC